CCUUUAGUGCGGUUCACAGUACGGGUGAGGCGCAGCGGUGUCGCGAACAUGUUGCAACUUUGAUUGAUCAACUGAUUCUCUGUCAAUCAUCCAUCUGUUGAGUUAAACGCAAACUAUUAACAAAUCGCACGCAAGUCGCCGAAGAAAGCGCGUCCUGACGUCAUUUCUGCACAAACAGGUGUGUGAGGAAACAUGAGUCGUGAGCGUCAGAAGCGCAGAGAGGAGAUUCAGAGAGCGCUGAGCUUCAUCAAAUCGCCUUUGCCCUAUCCUGAGCCUGAAGCCUUUGAGGGGUUUGUAAUUAAGCUGGUGUGUAAUCUCUUGGAUGAGGGGAACGCUGCGUUUCGAGAGCGCAGAUGGAUGCAGGCGCAAGCUGAUUUCAGCGAGGGAGUCAGUGUGGCACUGUAUGCUCAGGACGAGGGUCUGCAUGUGCCCGCCGCCCUGCUGGAGAGUCUAUACAUCAACCGCGCCGCAGCCCAUCAGAACAUGGAGGGGAAUGCCUUGAGUUCUCUGGACGAUUGGGACGUGCCGCCUCCGUUAGAAGUGAUGUCUUUUAAUGGAGUGGAGAGAGUGACUGACGCUGCAGUUGGUUUGACUGAGAGGCCAUCUCCUGUCUUACCCGCCCCGGUCCCUGUGAGUGAUGAGGACCCAACAAUGUUCAGUGCAGUACCUGAGAGUGGCCAGCGUGUGGCGCUGUCUGUGCCUGUCUCACAGCCACUGGAGGACAAUGAUCUGAUGGGAGACGAGCUGGACAUUCUGCUGGACUGUAUGUCUAAAGAGGAGGACACACCACAGAGUGGCGUUGUCCCCAGCGGUCUGGUGUGUUUCUCCUCUUCAUCUCCUCGUCAUCCUCCUGCAUUCUGCUCAUAUGCGGGGAGUCAGUUAAACGCUCUCGACUCCUUCGCUAAGCCUGAUGUGAACUCAGACGGUCUGGACACGUUAGACUCCAUCUGUCCGCCGCAGGUUUCCUGCGCUGGCUCUGACGCCCUGCAGCGGCCUCUAGUGGUGGGAGGAGACGCGCUCAAUUCACUGUCUGAAUUCAGCCUGCCAGGUGGGAAAGUCUGUCCUAGUUUUCUGCCGUCAGUCAAACUAAAAAACGAGAUAAAUCCUGCGAUCAACCCUCAUACAAGGAAUGGUCAUGUGACCUCCACUCUUUCCUGUCUGUCCAAGAAUCCACUAGAACACACACAUGAGUUUACACAAGCCUGCUCCUCCUGCUUCACUUCUACAGGUUCAGGUGUGCUGGAUUUUGAAUUCAGAUCUGAUGUCACUCACAGCUGCAAGAAAGAUCUGCUGCUGUGCAGGAGAAGGGGUGGGGCUAACUCACCCUGGAGGCGGAUUCGGCCCCGCCCAACUCAUAAAAACUUCCAUGGUGCCUUUGUGCUCUGUAGAGAGAUUUUGGAGAAUCAGGUGUGUAAGUUUGGCGAGGACUGCACAUUCGCAUAUUGUCAAGAAGAAAUAGACGUGUGGACGCAGGAGAGGCGGGGCUUACUCGUCAGAGAGCUGCUGUUCAAUCCUCUGGCGACCAAUCAGAGACAAGCGCUCAGCGUCAUCAAACUGCUGAACAUGCACACGGGGAUGUUCAUGUUCCUCUGUGAGGUCUGUUUUGACUGUAAACACAGAAUUAUCAGCAAACGCUGGAAGGAGAAUCCUGCUCUGUGUGCAAACCUGCAAACACAACACCAGUUUGACAAGAACAAGUGUUUGGUUCAUGUGGUAAAGAACAGUACGGUGUGUUACAGUAAGAUACGAGUGUUGAGUCCUCACUGUCAGUUGGACAUGUGUCAUCAUAAGUUCAGAUUCGGCUGUAAGAGAGAAGACGCCUGCUGCUUCGCUCACUCACUCAUAGAACUGCAGACCUGGAUACUGCAGAGAGACUCUGGUAUCACUCCUGAAGAGAUCGUCCAGGAGUCAAAAAUCCAUUGGAACAAACAGCCACCUGCAAUUGCAACUUCACGUUUAUCUAAUAAAAACACUGCUGCCAAAUCAAACAGUCCACUCAAAGCAGAGGACACCAAUGGAAAGGCGGGUCCUGUGCAGGGAACAGGAAUUGCUGAAUCAGCUGAGGUCAAAGGUCACAGUCUAGAGCUGAAGUUUGUGUGUGGUCAGUGCUGGAGAGAUGGACUGGUCAGUGAACCGGACCGGGCGCUCAAAUACUGCACCGCUAAAGCCCGACACAGCUGGACCAAAGAGAGAAGGGUUUUAUUAGUGAAGUCUCAUGAGAAGAAUAAGUGGGUCACAGUGCGACCUUUGCCCUUUGCCAAGACCUUUCCCCAACAAUUUGAUAUCUGUGUUCAUGUGAUGAAGCAGCGUAAGUGUCAGUAUAUCGGGAACUGUACAUUCGCUCACAGUCAGGAGGAGAAAGAUCUGUGGACCUACAUGAAGAACAACGGCUUCAGGGACAUCCAGCAGGUGUAUGACAUCUGGCUCUCCACGUCCAAUCAGAACAGACAGUCUGACGGCACCUCACUGUCUCAGCCAAUGGAAGAGAAGCAGAUCACCAUGCCGACAGACUUUGCUGAACCGAUGCCGGACAGUUUUUACUGCCCUCUGUGCGGUAAACACAGUAACAGUGAUCGUCAGUGGCAGCAGCACAUCUCGUCUGACAAACACAAGCAGAGAGUGUUGAGUGGAGGAGGAGAAGACGAGAGUCUGGCCUGGUCAUAUCGCUUCCCUGGACCCUGUUUUUCCAUCUGCACCAGGUUGGAGGAGGGUUGUCCUGAUGGCGUGAGUUGUGACUUUGCUCACAGUGAGGAGGAGCUUCAGGAGUGGCGUAGACGGCGGGAUUAUCUGCGCAGACGUUUGGACAAAGCCCGAGCCCACAUGCUGAUGUCUCCAAAUGACAACGACUUUGGGAUCUACAACUUUCUCCUUCAGGACUAAAAUGCACACAUUCAGUUUUCAUUAUAAUAACAGUAUAACACUUAAUUAUUACACACACACACACACACACACACACACACACACACACACACACACACACACACACACACACAUCUCCAUCAAUCACUGGAUCUCUCUGAAGGAGUUUCAUUGAUUGUUGUCAGUUCAGUGUUGUUCAGACUGAAUUAUCUGAUGUAUUUCAGAGUCCUGAUGAGAAUGAACAAUGUUGAUGUUUUAAUCUGUGAAGAGUGAAGCUCAAACACUUUAACCUGAUUCAACAGGAAGUUGUGAGUCAGAUUGAAUUGAAAUGUUAUAUCAAACACUUUCUUCAGGGAAAAACAAGCUUGUCCUGUUAUUUAUCAGAUGUUUUGUGCUUGUGGCAUUCAGACUCAUAAAACAUCCAACAGUCACCCCAGCAGACAGAGUUCAGGAUGUGAUCGGUUUGGGAAUAUUUCAUCAGAACACAUGCUGAAAUAAACACUUUAUACUGUCCAGUUUCUUUAUUGUGUAUAAUGAUUAAACAU